CCGAGAAGAUACGCCGCAGCCCCUGCUGGACGGGGGUAAGAACGAGAGACUGAGGAAACCGGACUCCUGGGUCCCCGAAGAGGGUUGGGGCUUGUUAAUGGCCUGCGUCGCGAUGGGUUCCACCGCUACACCCGAGGGAGAACUGGGCUACGUCCGCGAGUUCACUCGCCACUCCUCCGACGUGCUGGGCAACCUGAAUGAGCUGCGCCUGCGCGGGAUCCUCACUGACGUCACGCUACUGGUUGGCGGGCAACCCCUUCGGGCUCAUAAGGCAGUUCUUAUCGCCUGCAGCGGCUUCUUCUAUUCAAUUUUCCGAGGCCGUGCAGGAGUGGGAGUGGACGUGCUCUCCCUGCCCAGGGGCCCCGAAGCUGGAGGCUUCGCUCCUCUUCUGGACUUCAUGUACACUUCACGCCUACGCCUCUCUCCCGCCACUGCACCAGCAGUUCUUGCAGCUGCCACCUACUUGCAGAUGGAACAUGUGGUCCAGGCAUGCCACCGCUUCAUCCAGGCCAGCUAUGAACCUCUGGGCAUCUCCCUGCGGCCCCUGGAAGCAGAACCCCCCACGCCCCCAACAGCCCCUCCACCAGGCAGUCCCAGGCGCUCCGAAGGGCACCCAGACCCACCUACUGAGUCUCGCAGCUGCAGUCAAGGCCCCCCUAGUCCAGGCAGCCCAGACCCCAAGGCCUGCAACUGGAAAAAGUACAAGUUCAUCGUGCUAAACUCUCAGGCCUCCCAAGCAGGGAGCCUGGUGGGGGAGAGGAGUCCUGGUCAACGUUGCCCCCAAGCUGGGCUCCUCAGUGGAGAUGAGGCUUCCAGCAGCAGCAGCGGCAGUGAAGAAGGACCCAUUCCCGGUCCCCAGAGCAGGCUCUCUCCAACUGCUGCCACUGUACAGUUCAAAUGUGGGGCUCCAGUCAAUACACCCUAUCUCACACCCCGGACUCAAGAGGCCACUCCAUCACCCUCUGGGCAGGCUUGUCCACCACCAGGAAGUGAAAUUUUCAGCUGCCAGAACUGUAAGGCUGUGGCUGGGUGCUCACCAGGGCUGGACCCCUUGGUUUCUGGGGAUGAAGACAAGCCCUACAAGUGUCAGCUCUGCCGGUCUGCCUUCCGCUACAAGGGCAACCUGGCCAGCCACCGCACGGUGCACACAGGGGAAAAGCCCUACCACUGCUCCAUUUGCGGAGCCCGCUUUAACCGGCCGGCAAACCUGAAAACGCAUAGCCGCAUCCAUUCGGGAGAGAAGCCCUAUAAGUGUGAGACCUGUGGCUCGCGCUUCGUACAGGUAGCGCAUCUGCGCGCGCACGUGCUGAUCCACACUGGGGAGAAGCCCUAUCCUUGCUCUACCUGCGGAACUCGCUUCCGCCACCUACAGACCCUCAAGAGCCACGUUCGCAUCCACACAGGGGAGAAACCUUACCACUGCGACCCCUGCGGCCUGCAUUUCCGGCACAAGAGUCAACUACGACUGCAUCUGCGCCAGAAACACGGAGCUGCUACCAACACCAAAGUGCACUACCACAUUCUGGGGGGGCCCUAGCUGAGCGAUGGCCGACCCCACUCGCUUGCUGGAAGCCAGGAAAGCUGCCAGCCCAUGCCUACUUUCUCUGGCAGACUUGGGCAUGGGGGUGUGCAAGGCCCCUGCAGUAUCAGAAACUGCCACCACCUUAAUUUCUCACUGGGGAGAGCAGGGGUGGCAGAUCCCAGCUUGAUUUGCCUCUGUUUUGCUGGUCAAAACCUCUUCCCCACAAUCAAAAUUGUUUCUGAGGAGAGAGAAAGCUGGGAGCUGGGGGAGAGACUGGAGUCCCCCAUUUCUUUAAGGGAACAGUCCUCCACCUGCAACCCUCAUCUCAUUUGGUUUAUCUGUAAAUAUAAUUUAUUGAGGCCUUUGGGUGACACCAGGGCCUUCAUUGUAUUGCAUUUCCCAUGUCCCUCUUCCACAAGUGUGAUCAAAAGUGACCUGAAACACAGAGUGUGAGGUCACAGCUCUGCUGGCAGAGAUUAGCACUUGGCUGUCUCCUUUGGCUUGAGUGUUUUAUAUUAUUAUUGCCGUAACUUUAA